UUUUUGUCCUCUUUCGAUCACCAUACACCCCUUGCUUAAUGGUCUUUCCUGACUUUUAUUACACUGAAUCCCUAAUUCAGAUAUCUGGCUGAUUAGAUCUGGUCGAUCUCAGGGAUCCCCCUCUCCAAUGUCGCUCCCCCUGCAGAUUAACCUGCAGCAUAUCCACGUUACUGAAUGACUGACAAGCAGCAACAUCAGCCUGAAAAUAUGACCGAGAUCAGCAUUGAUCAGUCCAAGCUACCAGGAGUAAAGGAAGUAUGUCGAGAUUUUGCUGUGUUGGAAGACCAUACUCUUGCCUACAAUCUACAAGAGCAGGAGAUUGAACAUCACUUGGCUACUAAUGUCCAGAGGAACCGACUGGCAAAACAUGACUUAAAGGUUGCCAAGCAGCUUCAGGAAGAGGAAGAUCUCCAAGCACAAGCCCGCAGCAAGAAACGGCACGAUGACCAUAUGGUUGCUACAAUGAAAUACAAGGCAAGACAGAUACCCGACCAGGAGAGGCAGGGGCCUAACGAAAUACAGUUAAAAACUAUUGUAAAUCUAUCCACAUAUCAACUGACAGAAAGUGAAAUUAAAGUAUUAGAAUUGUUUUUAAAUUUUGUUCCCUCUGAUGAUUUUAAUCUGUUUCGAACUCUUUUAGAUGUUAAUAAGUUAAUCAGGAACUUCACUUUGAGAAAACAUUUCAGUCAAGAAGUCCCUGGUGCAGUCAAACACACAGACCAAUUGGGUGAACAAGAUACUAUUAAUAACAUUCAUAAUAUUCACACAUAUACAGUACAGGAAGCCUUCAAUUUUGAAGAUGCAUGUGAUUUGGCUGCACUAGAAGAUUUACAUACUGAAAGUGGAAGGGGUUUGGAAGAAACUAAUUUAACAUCUUUAUUGCCCAAAUUCCAUAACCCCUCAGAGUUCUACCCUAUACAGAGCAGGGGUAACUUGCUAGAAAAAUUCCAACAAAGAGUGGAACAUGAUCUAAAUGAGUUAGCAUACACAGUGAAAAGAAAUAAUGUUACCAACCUAAAUAAAGAAAGACAGAAUGCAUUACAAAAACUUAGUGAAAACACAGAGAUAGUUCUGAGAAAUGCAGACAAGGGAGGGUCAAUUGUAGUUCUGGAUAGAGCUCAAUUUAUACAAGAAGCCCUCAGACAACUGAAUGACACUAAUCAAUAUGCCAAACUAACUGGGGAUCCAACAAGUAAAUUUAAAUUAGAACUGUCUCAUCUUAUAGAUUAUGGCUUUGAACAUAAUUACUUUGAUAUAAACCAAAGAGUACCUGACAUUGCUCGGUUAUUACAAGAGAAAGAAGAGAAGAGGAGGAAGAAAUAUUACCCACCACCCCCACACGUUCAUGAAGAGCCUUAUUACCCAGAUCAUGAAGGACAUCGAUCUAGAGAGAUGGGAGACUCUCCUCACACCAAAUCUUCAUCUGGCAGAAGGAAUCCAGAGGUCUAUGAUGCUGAAAUAGCCAGGAAACUUCAGGAAGAGGAGAUUAGGGCAAACAUGUUGGACUUUAGAGCAGCACAAGUGGCUCAGGAUGAGGAAAUAGCUCGUAUGUUGAUGGAAAAAGAAGAGAAAAUAUACAAGAAAUCUAAAGGGCGUGAAAAGGUGUCAGAUAAGAGGAGACCAGAAGAAUGGGAAAAUGCUCAAGAGCAUGUCCGGCCGAAGUCAAGAGAAAGUCAUGAACAGCACCGCAGCAGGAGUGAUAAACCAUACAGGCCUCUUCCUCCACCUCCAGAUGAAGAUGAUUAUGACCCUGUUUAUGCAAACCGAAACCAGCAAAGCUCUCCAAGAUCCCAUUCUAAGUCACAGUCGUCUCAUAAAGGCUCCUAUUACCGACAAUGAGAGCUGGAUUCCGAAAAUGUUUGUAGCAGAUUCCGAAAAAUGUCUUUGUGUUUCUUUUGUUCUUGGUUAAAUUAUCAGGGAACUGUUCUGUCAGUUCUUGUCUUCAGAAAUAUCAAUAUGUGACAAAUGACGCAAAAUUAUCUGGCUUUGUGCAGCUGAUAAAGUUAAAUUCCAUAAACAUUGCUAAAAAGAUUGGAAUACUGACAAAUUAUACAAAAUUGCAUUUUAUUUAAAUUAUUCAGCAGGAAAAACAUAAAUAGAAACUUAUUUUCUGUAUGAACAUAAGUGAAUGAGGUUAAAUAAUAAGUCUCAAACCAAUUUUUUCAACAGGUCAGGUGAGGAUUUAAAAGGUAUAUUUACCUCAUUAUGGGUCUUACUCAAAAUGGCUGAUCAACCAGUUCUGAAAUGCCAAUGAAAACAAACGUAAUUUAAACUUAUCUCAAUUCACAAACUACUAUGAAUGAUCUAAUAAGUAAUACAAUGACAACUAUCUAAUGAACUUCUAUUUUUAGAUUGUAACUUGCGGUUAGCUCCCAUCUUGUCUUUUAUUAUCAUAACAGUGUUGAUGUGCAUAAACAUCCUGUUUCUCAAAGCCCAUGUUGUGCUGUAUCUGCAGGGAGCCAAUAGGCCAUCUUCCACUGCCUGAACCAAUCAGAGAAGCUUUAGAAAAUACAGGAAAAGACUAAACUCGAACUUUGGUCUUUGAUGUGCAGAGUGCCCUGAGUCGUUUAAGUGGAUAAAUGGGAAUAUGUUUUUUAGGAAAGGUGCUAUGUUUGUUUUUCAGUAAAGCUUUUCAACAAACUUUGUAAACUCAGAAGUAAGAUCUCAGAUAGAAAAAUAUGGGCAGACAAAUGACUGUGUGGCCCUGUUAAAUGUCCAGAUAACUGCCAUUACUUUGUUCAUAUGUUACGAUUUAAUGACAAUUUCUGUUAAAUGGUAGAUCGUCUUAUUUUCCCACAGAGGAUUAUAUAAAUCGUUUAACUGGAUGAAUGUUACCAGAAACUGCAGAUAUGGUUGAAAAUUCCCAUGUUUAGUAUAGGAGAAAUGUGCAAUUGUGAGUAGCAGUUACUUUACUUACAUUUUUUAAGGGUUAAUUACUAGAAUUUGUGGUGAUGUCUACUUGGGUGUAUCAGAAUUUUGUUUGCUUGAAAGAGAAUAGUCUCCCUCAUACAGUAGUUUGUUCCAUGUGAUUUAAGAUCUUUAUUUUCUUAUCAUUUCAUCCUCGUACUUCCUUAAAGUAAGUCCCAAUCUUUAAAACAUGAAGGGCAUUAUUUCUAUUUAAUGCUUAUGUUUAAUACACUGGUUUUAUAUUUUAGCCAAAAGAAACAUGGUGGAACGAAGCGAAUAAUAAACGAACAGUAUGCAUUAUAAUAGGACAUUCUCAGGUGUGAAAUUAAAUUUUUCUCUACAUUAACAUUCCAGUUUUCUGCCAAUUGCCCUUUCUCACCCUUUGUUUACUGUGCAGUAUUAGAAAAAACUAUAGAAAUUGAUAUUUCAUUAAAGCAUAGUUUUAUUAUUAAACAGGUGAAAUGAAUUCCAGUCGUAUCUCCUCAGGAAACAGCUGCACACUCCGCCCUGAUAAUUUUGUUUUUGUCACUGUAUUUAACUUCCUCAUGCGUAAAAAAUUGGUAUUACAGUAAACUGCACAAUGUAUGUACAGGUAGUUGGGGGGGAAAUACAAAAAAAAAAAACGAAGUGCCAUUUUUUAUCUUUAUUUUAUAUGCUAUUAAGUUUUAGUGUAUGCUCUGAAUGAUCAGGUUUUAUGAAUGUAAAAUGCAAACUUUACCAUUUUUUUAUAUUUUUACUCAUAUUUAUUGUUAGUUACAAUGUGAGCCAGUCUCUGUCAGAUUUGUUAAGUAUUUUUAAUCAGCAUGGCUGUUUUAGAAUUUUUAAUGACUACUUCCUCUUAGAUGCUGCAACGUGUAAUGUAUAAAUAGAAUAUAACUGCUCUAAGCUACUUGGUUCCUUUCUAGGGCUUGCUAUCCAUAUAUUUGCAUUCAAUUGCAGCUACAGCAACCAAAUGGCUUAGAUAUCUGUUUUUAAUGCAUUCUUUUUCACUAAUAAUUUUACAGCAUAAAGAUUAAGCAUUUUUUCUACUCAACAAUAUGUUGCGUCAAACUAAUUUAUGUAAAAUAUGUUUCUAUUUUGGUGUGUGAGGCAGCCAUCUUGAAUUAGUGUGGUGCAGGAUGCACAAAUGUUGAAUUAAAGCACAUUUAUUCCAACCAAUUAAGUAAAACCAUUAUUUUAAUGGGUAUAUUAUUUGGAUGGAUUUUAAAACUCCAAUACAUGCUCAUAAAAUCAUUAGAAUCUGAUCUCAGGGCAGAAAAUAUGGCCUCUAAAUGUCACUGUUAGAGCCUUACAUCUUGUUUUGGCAAGAAACAAAAGGCUUAGAAGUUGUUCUCAAUAAUACUUUUUGUAUUAAAUGUUGGCACACUUUUGAAUGAAUCAUUUUAUAGUUACUUUGUCAUAGUUAAAUCGGUUUGUUUGCUUGUUGCUGCUGUGGCUUUUAUUGUAGACUAUCUUUUUACUGCAAUUAUAGCUUGCAAAUUAUAGAAGAAAACAAUCUAUACCACAUAUGAUGAAUGUUUUUGGGGCCAAAUGCCCAUUUUUUCUGCAUGAAACUGCAUUAUAGAUCACACUGUGAAUUUAACAUGAGCAUUAUUUUUUUUAAAUUAAUUAUAUUUGUAAAAUAAAUACUUUACUCAACUAA